AUGUCUGACGGAGAAGAGCCUUAUAAUGAAAACUAUGAAAAUGCCUUUGAGGAAGAUUUUCGAGACGAUAUUUCAGGCGACGAAGAGCAAUUUGAUGCAUCUGGAAAUUUAACUAGCGGCAAUUCAAUAUCAGCUGAUGGAAGAACAAUAGUAGAUUCGGGAAUUCCACGAAAAAAAUCAGCAAAAGAGUUAGCUGUGCCCAAAGACGAACGACUUACAACCCCUUAUAUGACAAAAUACGAACGAGCCCGAGUUUUGGGAACUAGAGCUUUACAAAUUUCCAUGAAUGCACCAGUUCUUGUUGACUUAGAAGGUGAAACAGAUCCAUUACAAAUAGCUAUGAAAGAGCUCGCUCAACAAAAACUUCCUCUUAUUAUACGAAGGUAUCUCCCCGAUGGAAGUUAUGAAGAUUGGGGAUGCGAUGAACUAAUACUUCCUCAAUAA